GCGCUUAUCCAAACGGAUACACGACGGCGGAUGUUUCUCUUUCUGCGUGGAAACAGGACAUCCUUUCAAUUCAAAUGACUUAUUUCGUGCCGCAGUACAAGGGGGAAGCUCGGAGCGACAACGCAGUCCCAUCCUUUGCCGAAGUUACAGAAAGGCAACCAUGUUGAAGGAUGGUGGCCCGUGUUCUUAUCCGCUGCUCGACUCCUGGCUGACUGAAGCGGAGCCGCACAUUGAGGCCGUCAUACUCAUGCCGAACGGACUGUUCGUGGCCCUCACCAUUCACAAAGAAGCAACGCUUUUGGAACUCAAAGAUAAAGCAUGGCGCAGAGCUGAAGAGCUGCCUUUGUAUCACGUUCUGCAGGAGAAGCAAAGCUACGUGUUCACCGGUGUCAACGAGCUCACUUCAGAGCGUGAAGAAUUCGCGGACGAACGGAGGAAGCUGUGCGAUGUACGAGCAUUCAAAUCGCUCUUUCGUUUAGUCGAGAGGAAAUUGGAGAAACCGGAAUGUGCCUGCAAUGCACACAUUGGAAACCUCAUCGGCAAAGGGCUUGGCAGCUUCGACAGCCUGAACAUUGAAGAAGUGAGCGAAUUCCGUCGUUCAAUGAACCACUUCUGUCGUCAGUUGGCUGAUGAACGGGCCGACUGGCCACCCUUAGAGCAGCUCAAGUACCGGUACCCCGUGAGAGUGGACCGUCGAUGGGACCAUAUUGUUCCCAUGCACCUGAGACACAGACUAACAGCCGACAGUACCUUCACGGUUCACAUCUUCUCGGAAUCGGGGGUGACGUUGCCCGUUAACAUUGGUAUAUUCGACACUCCCAGAGAUCUGCUGCUCACAGUGAUGCAGGUACCCGCAUCACAACCGCUGUGCGAUCACGGCAUGGAAAACCUUGUCUUCAAGGUAUUGGGCAAAGAAGAGUACCUGCUAGAAGAGCUUCCCUUGAUGCAGUACAAGUACAUCGAGGAGAAGAUAUCUGCAGGCUCGCCUCCUCAACUCGGCAUUAUUCCCGUCAGCGACAUUGAAACUGACCAUGACCUCGUGUACUCGAGCAUCGAGGAAUGUCUGGGAUCUGCUUGUUGUCGCAGAGGGGCCCCUCAACAUCGGUCCGUCAGCCCAGCAGUCUCUGCGUGGAGCAUCACCGAGCAUUUCAUCGUUCAUAUCCUGGCUGCCAAAGACAUCAACGCCGAUCUUGGCGCUAAGAUAGGAGUCAAAGCUGGGCUCUUCCAUGGCCAGGAGCCUCUGUGCCAAACUGUGAUAACUCCAGACGCAACUUUGGAGAACAACGCCUGCCAUUGGGGCUUUGAUCUUCACUUCGAGAUUGCAGUAUGUGACAUACCACGCUCUGCUCGACUAUGCAUAGUUCUCUUCGAAGUCACAAGAUCGGCUAAAUAUCAACGCAUUCGGCGAAAGCUCGGACCGGAUUCUUACGCGUCUCCGCUUGCAUGGGUGAAUGCGACGGUGUACGACUUCCGUGGGCAUCUCCGCUCGGGAUACCUUCGCCUCGCUAUGUGGACCUACGCGGAGGACCUCCAUGCUGAAGACGUGGACAUGCUCAAUCCUUUGGGCACCGUAGUCGCUAAUCCCGACCCUGGAAGGCCAUCUGUCAUCACCAUUUCUUUCCCCAAAUACAGUGCAGUACACAGUGUUCAAUACCCUCAACUCGCUGAGAUCCUUGAGUGUGCAGCUACAUGUAUGAACCAGGGCACCGAAGGCGCUCAGCGUGCGCAAGGGCACGCCAGCAAGAGCCAUCUGCGACAGCUCUUGCAGAUCUCUGAACAAGACCCCCUAGCACCGCUGCACGAGCAGGAUCGGCAAUUAUUAUGGUUCUUGCGGUUAGAUUGCAAAGAGGUACCACGAACGCUGCCGAAGCUGCUUCAAUCUCUACGUUGGGCGGAUCAUCGAGAUGUCGCCCAGAUGCAGGCACUCCUCCAGGCUUGGAUGCCGCUGAAACCUGAAGACGCCUUGGAACUACUUGACUAUUCUUACCCGGACAACUUCGUCCGUAGCUUCGCAGUCCGCUGCCUCGAAGAAAUGAGCGACGAGGAGCUGUCACUCUACCUGCUACAACUAGUGCAAGCAUUGAAGCACGAAUCCUACUUGGAGUGCGACCUGGCCAAGUUUCUCGUCAAAAGGGCUCUGAGGAACAGGCAUAUUGGUCACCAAAUGUUUUGGCUUCUGAGGUGUGAAAUGCACGUGCCCGCCCUUAGCAUCAAGUUUGGUCUGAUCGUCGAGGCUUACUGCCAUGGGGCUCCAGAGCACAAGGAUGCAUUGCUCCGUCAGACAGAGGCGUUGUACAAACUAAGAACCGUCACGGAGAAGAUUCAGUGGGAGCUAAACAAGAAGAAGGAAUGCCGUGAAAAGGUUCUGGGAGAAAUGCGAGAGCAUGUUUCUAAAGACGUCUUUCAGUCUACAUUUCACGACCUGUGCAGCCCCCUCGAUCCACGGCACGUGCUCAAGCAGAUCAGGCCAGAGUCUUGCCGCAUAAUGGACUCGAAGAUGAAGCCGCUGUGGCUGACGUUUGAAAACGCGGAUCCCAAUACCGACGACAUUAUGAUCAUUUACAAGUACGGGGAUGAUCUGAGACAAGAUAUGUUGACGCUGCAAAUAAUUGGCAUCAUGGACAAAUUAUGGAAAGAUGAAGGCUACGACUUCAGAAUGGUACCGUAUCAGUGCUUAUCGACAGACCUAAACAUGGGCUUGAUCGAAGUGGUACAGAACGCAAACACCAUAGCAAAUAUCCAAAAGAUGAAGAACUUCAGCGCGACCUCGGCGUUCAAAAAGGGAUCACUGCUUGCGUGGCUUAAAGACAUGAACACUACAGAAGAAAGCCUCAAGAAGGCAAUCGAAAACUUCACCCUUUCUUGUGCUGGGUACUGCGUCGCCACCUAUGUACUCGGGGUCGCGGACCGGCAUAGCGACAAUAUAAUGAUCAAGUCCAAUGGAGAGCUGUUCCAUAUCGACUAUGGCCACAUCCUGGGCAAGUUCAAAGAGAAGUUCGGCAUCAGGAGGGAGCGUGUACCAUUUGUACUUACCAAUGACUUCGUGCAUGUCAUCACAUAUGGUGACAAGCAUAAGUCGGAAGCAUUUUGCCGGUUUCAGGAAUACUGCGAAGAAGCCUUCCUAAUACUUCGACGCCAAGGAGCACUGAUCAUCUCGUUGUUCGCCAUGAUGCUCACAACGGGGAUGCCCGAGUUAACGUCCGAGAAAGACCUCGACUACCUACGAGAGACCCUGGUCCUUGACGUGUCAGAAGCUGAUGCGUUACAGCACUUUAGAGCAAAGUUUGACGAAGCACUCAGGAAUAGCUGGACGACUAGUAUCAACUGGUUCGCACAUAACAUUGCCAAAGACAACAAGUAGCCGAGGAGGGUCGAAAUCCUGAGCAUUGGGAUGUCUUUCUGCUGCUGUACUGUGGUAGGAAUCUCGAAUCGAGUAGCCAGUCGGAAAAGACUUAAACUUGUAUGCAUGACGAUAUACUUAGAGCCCUUAGCUUUCCGCGAAUCCUCAAAAUUUCGCGGAAUCGAUCAUAUCUCGCGGAACCUGCUGUUUACCUCAGAAUCGUCCAUUUUUCGCGAAAUAUUCGAUAUCUUACAGAACUAUGUAAGCAUUUCAGUCGAUAUGCGACAUUUUCACGGGUUAAUGGGUUAAACCCCAUCGGUCACGACUGCGAUGCCGGACACCACUGACAAUGCUGCAGCUGAACGUGCCGCGACGAAAGGAAACUUGAGGACAGCAAUGGCCAGAGAUUGAUAGAGUUGAGUCUGGUUUUCUCUGCACACUGGAACGUUACGAAAGGCUGGAAAAGUGUGCAGAAUGAGUCGAUAUGCGAUCUUCGGAAGAUGCUGCACUUUCCUUCUUUUCCUUCUUUUUUUGCGGAAUCCUGCGGAUUCAGUGUAAAUCCCAUUUCGCGGAAAAGUCAAUUUUCCACCACAGAACGCUAGGGGCUUUAACCAUACUUGCUACGCACCAUUGCUCCGUCCAUGUAGGAAGUGAUCAGUGCUAACAGCCGAGAGACCUUAUGUGAUGGGAACAGUUCGUUAUUUGCUUGCCGUCUAUAGAUCAGGUGCUGUAAAUGUAGCACCGCGCAACAUAUGGCGGGUUGCGCACGGUGAUGUGAUCUCGGUGUAUAGAGGCUGCCUAAAAAAUCUGAGGAAGCUAGGCCAUACAGGCAUAAUCCGAUGGGCAAGAAAUGAGUUGUUGAUUUCCGGCUGUUGAGAAGUCGCUGGUUGGGCGCACGGAGCAACAGUUCUCCAGCUGCACCUUCGGUGGUGGUCGCUACAUCGAAUUCCAUCAGUUCACGAAAUCUACUCCCAAUUAUUAGACAUAUAUCCAUCAGUUUUGGUGGCGCCGUAGAGAUUCCACAGUGUAAAUCGCAAAUUACUGAACACCAUUCUAGCACGAAAUUUCAGCGUCUCCUGCAGCCUGUCUGACUCUUCUCCCAAACGAAGUCCCCCCUUCGUUCGAGGUGCAGUAUGGAGUUUGGGGUAUAAUCCCUGUGAUACGCAUGUUAUUGUUAUUUAUCUUGUCCAUGAACCUCACCUUGUUUUCAACAUAUUCUGUUUCACAUAAAAUAUUCCAUACGUCC